UUUCAUUUGUGCAUAAUCUGACCGUAGAUAUUCUACCAAGCCUACUCAAUCUCAUGCUAUCCAAUAAGAUAGCUGAAAACCUUGAUUUGGGAUAUCCACUCCCACGACAAGGUUUUUUUAAUUUUGGGAGGGGAUUGUUCUUUCUAAAUACACAGAAGGCAGAGAAAUCCAGGCCUUCAAUGCAUGAAGAACAAAAAUCAAUAAAGGAUUUUCUGCAAACGUUUUCAGUGCCCUGCAUACAUAUAUUAUUGUUAAAAACGCAUGGCUCGAUAGCUCAUGCAUAUGACCCAAUUAUCUUUACAAACAGCUAAAAUUUGGAAAUUCCCUUGUGACGUUUAAAAGGAUCUAACGUUUACAGAAAAUAGCUGGGUCGUGGAGCAUUAGGAAACUCUGGGAAUCGAGCUUUUAAAUGAACUCAAAGUGUCAAGUUCUUCAGUAGUCCCAUAAGGGUGGAAGUGACUUUAUACCGGUAUAUAUAUAUACAUAGCCUGCUAUCGACCAGAUGUGCAGAUGUGUAUUGGCAAACAACUGAAUGCGUUGGGACUUUGUUAGGAUAGACUGUUAUAUAUACCUACGACAACAUGGAGAUUUACCAGGCCCGGAAAAUCAGCAACAUUCCUACAGCUAUCUCUCAGCCCUUUGAUUUUGUGUGUAGCCACAAUGAGAAAUUCAAAAUCAAGGAUAUUGGGGUCACUGAGGUUAAGACAAAGAGCGACCUUUUACGUGUGACAUCCCAGGACAAGCCGGACAUCCACACACAAGACUAUGUACUACAGCUCCAGUACCACAUCAACGGCACGCGCGGACACUUCCUGUUGGUGGACGGCUCUGGGGAGGUCAAGGCCAAUGGACAAUGCAGAGACCAACGCACUCUGCUGACGGUCAUCCAUAACUUCACACAGAGACGGGAGUCUUGCUACCAGAUCAUUGGCUGGGGGGACAAAUUCAACCAGAAAAUCCUUUACAUGGAUGGCACAGAGCUUAAAACUAGGCCAUACAAGCAAUCUAAGGGAGACAACAACGACGACACAUUUUUUUCAUUCCGAACCAAAGGAAACAGUGAGGAUGGACAUUUUGCCAUUGUGUCGUGGACGGGAAACUCCCUAGUGUUUGACACCCAGGGGAACUACCUGGCCCCCAACAAUCUGUCGCGACGGUCGGACACCUCAUACUUGUUCAAACUACAGACAGUCGACUGGAUGAAAGUGACCACUGUAUAAAAUCUCCCAACCUGGAUCAAAAUCUUUUACAUGUACCAGUAGUUAUAAUAGAAUUACCUUGUUAUUUCAAUACUAAAUCUAUAGAUUUUUUAAGUUUAAAUAAGUAGAUAAUUAUUCAAUGUAUUUUGUAAAAAGGAAUUGUAAACAAAGUGUUUAUUUAAAUAUCCUAUAACACGAUACCAUAUAGCUCCCAGGUAACAUUAUCAGAACCUGUUUGGCUAUUAUGAACAUCAAUCCUUCAAUGUGAUCUCAAUCUGUGAACAAUAUUCCAAUACUGAACUAGAGUAACAAAUGGCUGAACCUUGAACCUUAUCAAUGUCUGAACAUUGAACUUGAACCUUAUCAAUGUCUGAACAUUGAACUUGAACCUUAUCAAUGUCUGAACAUUGAACUUGAACCUGACAAUAUUUGAACACUAAACUUGAGCCUUACAGAUGAACAUAGAAGUUGAACCUAAACAAUGUCUGAACAAAGAACUUAAACCUAAACAAUGUCUGAACAAAACUUGAACCAGAUGUCUGAGCUCUGAACUUCAACCUAAACAUCUGAACUUUGAACUAGAACCUUCACUAUCUUUGAACAUUGAUCGUGUCAAUAUGUAAAUUGUACUAAACUUUCCACUGAUCUCAGUUUACAGCAGAUCUUAGAAUUUUAGGGCUCUGUGCUCUUUGAAGUAAUGAACAAUUAAAAGUGAGCUGACAUUGGAAGAGCCGGCCCCUGGGAAUGGAGUUAUUGGAGAGACUGUGUUAACAAACUGUAUACAUAUUAUAUUUAGCAUGUGCAGUAUUUGGCAGAAAAUGAUUUUUUCAAAAAGUUAGUGUGGAUUAAAAUUUCUUAAUGUGCCUAUUACAUAUAUUAUGCAUGGCAUUUAGCUAUGUACUUGAAAAAGCGGAAGAAAGCUUUCCGUCAAAAAUGCUAAAAAGAAUACACAGCUGAAUGUAAUAUGAUUACAGUACGUGAUGAGAUUAUCCCUUCUAGUCAAUACACUUACAUGACACACAGUACUUUACUAACCUACUUGCCAUUCAUAAUCAAAUUUAUAUUGUAUUCUUUAUGUAAAUCAGUUUUAUUCAUUAUUGUCAUUGUACGUAAUUAUAAAGUUUAUGUAGUGGUGUCUAUAGUAAAAUGAAUUCCACUUAAAUUAAUGCCUGAUGUUACAACAAUAACCCGCUUCUAGCCAAUUUCUGGCCAAAAUAAGAUUGAUUUUGCUACUCUUUUGAUAGUUAUCAAACCUGAUACUUACUGAAUUUGUUAACCAUACAAGAUUUAAGUAUUGCAUCAUUUCAAGUUGUGAAUAAUUAUAUAGAUAAAACAAACUGUAAUCACCAUUCUACAGGUCCAUUGUGUGUGAAAGCGGAACAUCAAUAGUAUAUCACUUACUUAAAGUAGUAGUAUUCUUCUAGGUUUAUGAAAGCAGACAAUUUACAUUGUACAAUAUAGAAAAUAAAUUCAACAAAUUCAAUAGAACUGUACAGUUUACAGCUGAGUGUAAAUUGUGUCCAAAUACCACUAUUUCAUCGAUACUUUUGAGUCCUUUGUAUAUAGAGUUAUCUUGUUUAUUAUGUGUUUAUUAUGAUGAAAUUAUAUUUUUACAAAAGAAAAUCAAAAUUACUUGUAUUAUUUGUGUAAUAGAUUUUUUUCGUGUAAAUAUUUUGUGUAACAGUGGGUAUUUGAACUGUUCUUGUAAACCUACAUGACCUUAGUGUCAAGGUUUCUUGAUUUCCCCACACAUAUUGUGAUAAAGAGCUUUAUCUUGAAAGCUUUAGUUGUAGUGCCAAGGGAGAUAAUAAAGUCUAAAACACUGGUA